CUCCAAGUAGCCUCCCUCCAGCUUCCCUUGUUCAAUAUGGAAAGCAGCACGAGCGCAAGGGACGGGUCCUCUCCUUUGAAUAUGCGCAGGAGCAAACGCGAGCUCCUUCCUUCUCUUCACUUAGUAUUUGAUUGAUCUUUAACUGUAACUUCUCAAGUCUCUCGUCACUAAACCGCGUCUUGUAUUGUUUUGAUAUAUCUUUACACCAUGCCGCCAUUCGCAUAUCCAACACCCGAGCCCACGGAUCCAUCGACCUCACGCGAAGAGAGUAAAACCAGAAAGCGCGACAUCAGCUGCUCAACUGCUGACACGGACCAUGAGCCUUCACUGCCAGUGACCAAACGACAGAAGGUGCUCGUACAAUGCGGAAACCUGUGCUACCCUACCUCUCGUUAUGGCGGUCAUCGUCCUUCUCUCCCAAUUGUCAAUGAGCGUCAAGCAAUCAAUGAACUCGCUGAGAUCUGGAACGCUGGAGAUCACUCACAGGAUGAACACAACAUCUGGCAGCUCAACGACUUCGUUGUCUACCGUGAGCCCGGUGCUAAUCGGCACGCCAACGAGCUCUACCCUGUCCAUCGUCUCAAGUCCGAGGACGGGACCAAUGAUCUUCUUUUCGAUGGAACACUGAGCGUGAACAACCAGGUCCGAUUUGUUCAAGCCGUCCCAUUCGGUUGUCUGGCUAUCGAGGGGUAUGGAGAUGAAAGCGAUGUUGUAUCUGCAUGUAUUCAGUCUUCACUUGGCAGAAAGGGCAAUGUCUGGUUUAAGUUAGGACGACCUGCCAACGAGUAUGCCCGGUACUACGAUGUGUCACGCUGGAUGUUCAGAUUCGCGAAGUACGUGGUAGAGUUCCUUGAAGACUCUGGACCUCCAGUCACACUUGAUCUGUUUCGUCGACUGUUUCACUCAUAUGUGAACGAAAAGUACGGACUCUCAAUCGCUACCAAGGAGUGGCUGAGUAAACAUCCCUCAGUCGACUUCGGGCAGGCAUUUUGUGCAAACAUUGGGUUCCUGAUUCGGGAAUGUUAUGGCCUUGACAGCACACUACUGGACCAUCCCAUCUUUGAUGAAACUGAUCCGAGAAGGCUACGAGCUAUACCAAAAGAAGCUCCCCAACAUGACAAAACGGUCGUGACGCCACUUGUUUUUGAGUCUUUCCGCAGGAUGCCUUUCAGUUCUCAAAUGCAAGUUCUUAAGGAUGUCGAUGCAACUGUCAUUCAGAAGCAGCGUUCUCGAAGACUUCAAAUGGGCCUGACACCACUUGACUGUGCUUCAACCUCUGCUCCUAUCUUCCGGCCAACUAGCAGGGCAGUGAAAAGAGGAGAUGUUGUUAGCGUCGCUGCAAACAAAGAAUCUCGAUGGAAAGCCUCAUUAGGCACUUCGUGGUUUGCCUAUGUGCAAGAGAUCCGUACCAUGAAGACUGGCUUACAAAAGCUUGACGUAAUCUGGCUUUACGACACGUCCGAUACGACACUCGGCCACGGAUACUACCCAUACAAGAAUGAGCUCUUUAUGAGCGACAACUGUAGUUGUGGACAAGACUCGGUCGACGCCGCAUUGGUCCAAUCAAUUGUGCCUGUCCAGUGGUACGCCACUGAUCCGGAAGAGAGCAAGGGCUUCUUCGUCAGACAGAAGUUCCGUACGGAGCCGACCCUAGGCGCAUAUGAUUUCGUUCAGCUCCAUGAGUCAGACUUCGAUUGCGAAUGCAGGAACACCGAGACAGAGAUGGAGAAGGUCAGAAAAGACUUCAGAAUGGGUGAUACGGUUAUGGUUUAUCAUCUCACUGGCAAGACAGAGACCUUGGAACCAGCGAUUAUCCGCGGGUUCUCUUUGCACAAAAUUACUCUUCAACCUCUACUUCGAUCUGGUCGUGAUCUGGGCGAAAAGCAAGCGCCUCCAAACCAAGUCGUGCCAGCCGAUGACAUCUACGAGGUUGGUCCGGAGUCCAUCACCCGCCGCUGUACGGUCGCAAGCUUCAAAUCUCUUGAGCACAUUCGGGCACCAUACGAUCGUGACGGAGCAGGGGACAUGUGGUUCGUCAUCAGCCAAUCUGAUCCAACAUGGAAUUUUCAAAACCAUGAGAUCGCCGCGGAUAGCAAGCUCAAAGGAAUGGGUAUCUUUUGCGGAGGCGGAUCCCUUGACCGAGGGCUCGAGGAGGGAGGAGGACUCGAGUUCAAGUGGGCAGUGGACAUGGCAGAACACGCCCUUCAUACUUACAGAGCUAAUGCUAAGGAUCCGGACGGGCUCAAGCUUUUCCUUGGGAGUGUAGAUGACUACCUGGCCAAAGCUCUACGACGUUCAGCCGACAGCAGAAUUGCCACUGUUGGGGACAUUGACUUCCUUGCGGCAGGCUCACCAUGCCCUGGUUUUUCUGUUUUACAACAGAACAAGGACGACGUCAAAUCGUUACGCAACUGCUCACUAGUUGCCUCGGUCUGUUCUUUUGUAGACCUUUAUAUGCCUUCAUAUCUCGUCCUCGAGAAUGUGAUUGGCAUGGCUGCGAAUCCCAAAAACUCCAAAGAGCUGAACGUCUUUUCCCAAGUUCUGUGUUGUCUGGUAAGCAUGGGUUACCAAGUCAAACAACUACUCAUGGAUCCUGGAUUCUAUGGUAGUUGCCAGUCUCGUCAACGCAUCUUCAUUGUCGCAACUGCGCCUGGUUGUACCCCGCCUGAUGCGCCACCCCAGACACAUUCCUGUAAAGAGUUAGAGAGAUCAAGAGCAAUCGGCCGUGCUAGCAAUGGUGUUCCUUUCGGAGAGCGCAGGAAGGACGUCUGCUCUUUUGUGUCUUUGACUACACAACAUGCGUUUCGAAAUCUCCCCGAUAUUUCCGAAGGUCAUGUUCAGACAUGUAUCCCGGCACCAGACCAUCGACUCUGUCGCUUUGAAGAUUCUAGAACGCGAGCCAUCAUCCAAUCGGUACCUCGUUGGCCCCGCGGCCAAGGCUUUGUACAAGCAGUGGCUGCCGGCAAGAUGUACAAGCGAGCCAUAGCUGAGUACCCAUGGAAAAACAAGAACCGUGGUGCCAAAACCAGCCGCAGUUGGUCUCGACUGUACCCCAACGGUCAGGUUGGGUGUUUAACUACCUCUAUCAAGCCUCACUGUGCAUUCAACGGCCGUACUCUCCAUUGGGACCAGCCUCGACUAAUGACAGUGAUGGAAGCUCGUCGCGUCCAGGGAAUUCCAGAUAAUGAGAUUGUCGUGGGACUUCCAAGUGCACAAUGGCGACAGAUCGGAAACGGAGUCGACCGAAAGGUAGCAUUUGCCAUGGGCAUGCAACUCGCCAUCGCUUUCCGCAAGAACGGAUCUUUGGUCUCCGCUUUGCCGACGACGCUGAAAACUGACGAGACACACGAGUCCUCGCAGAUCAAAACUGUCAUCCGAGAAGAGACUGUUGUUCGAAGGUCGCUUCAAUCUGCAUCCACCAAGGCUUCCGGGUCUCUUACUGUCUUUGAGAGAAAGCUGGUCUCUAGUAUUGUACUCGACGAUUCGCAAGCAGCCACAGUGACAAGGGUUCGUGGUUUGAGAGACUCCCAGAACACUGACGGCGUGAUGAUGCGUGACGACGGGAUCGAACUCAUUGUCAUAGACUGAGGAUCGAUGAGCAGAACGAAUUUAUAAUGAUGGGGGUUACAGGAAUGGGAGGAUUAUAUGAGAAGAAGGACGAUACGAUGAGAGAGCGGAUAAGUGUUGCUACAUUACAUUGUUGUUGCUGAACAAAAUUACAAUCACCUUUAUCGAGAA